AUGCCCGUAUGCCGCAGUAUGGUCCAUGAAAGUGUAGAAAAAUUCCAAAAACAGAUGUGUGAUGUCGUUCAACAACAAAUCGAACGUGUGGGCGAAGAAUUAAAAGCCAGGGAUCCCGAAAUCGGCGAGAAGGUCAAGAAAUUAAAAGCAGAAUUAGCCGAUUUGAAAGAAGACCUUAUGAAAUUAUAUGAAGAAAUCAAGAAACCGUUUUUGGAAAGUUUCAAUGAGUUGAGAGACGAUAUUAGAAUCAAAACCAAACCAAUCGUCAAACGUUGGACACCAAUCGUCAAUGACAUAGAAGAGAUUUAUAUUGGCUUUGGUCCCUGAAAAGAAGAAAGAAAUCAAGAAAAACUAAUAAAUAAGACUUAUUAAUUUCAUAUACGAUUA